GGCAGCCACUGGCAAGAGCAAAGCGAGGUAGUUGAAAGCUGGGGAGUUAGAGCUGCGAUGUUCCGGAUCGAAGGCCUCGCGCCGAAGCUGGACCCGGAGGAGAUGAAACGGAAGAUGCGCGAGGAUGUGAUCUCCUCCAUACGGAACUUCCUCAUCUACGUGGCCUUGCUGCGAGUCAGUGAGUGUCCUCCUGGCUGUGACCCUGAGACCAGCAGGGAGCUAGCCACCACCACCCACCUCGCUGUAGUCCUACAGGCCGUUAGGGGCCUUUGAGGAGCCGAGCUGAGCGCUCCUUUUAUCUUAAAGAAAUUGGACAGCAUAUGAAGAUUGGACAUCACAUGUGAAUGUAUGAUAUGAAGAACCUGGUUUCAGUUUCUACUCCUAUCUGCAAAUGAAUAGGUCCAGAAAGGUGUAAGAGACUUUGAUUGAAUGGACAUAAAAAAUUCUACUCGUUAAGAACAAGUUUGACUCUAGCAACUGACCUUCAUAGCUAAAAUAUAAAACUAUUUGGAAAGUAUGAAAGACAUCUUGUGGUCAUGGCGUGCCCUUAUGCCUGUGAUAUUUGGCCUCUCUGAAUGUUGGGAUGAUUGUAAAUAAUUAAUGUCAAACUCCAUUUUCAAGAAAGUGUUAAUUAUAAGGGAACUAUGUCUGAAA